UGACUUCCGGCGAUCAGGAAGGAUCGAGAACCAACGUGAACAAGCAAGCCUAAUCUGAACCCAUCAACAUCAUCUUUGACAAAAUUUCAACAGUUUAUUCAGUUUAAAGUGAACUAAAAUGAAGGGCAAAUCAGGACCUUCGAAUAAUGCCUCAAGAUCUCUGUACAAAGACAAAGAAAAGCCAACUCAAAUCCGUUACAGCAAUAUAACGGCAGCAAAGGCUGUAGCUGAUGCUAUAAGAACAAGUCUUGGACCAAGAGGGAUGGACAAAAUGAUACAAUCUUCCAAUGGAGAUGUAACUAUUACUAAUGAUGGAGCCACAAUCCUGAAACAGAUGCAAGUUCUUCAUCCUGCUGCAAAAAUGUUGGUAGAACUUUCAAAAGCACAGGAUGUAGAAGCUGGUGAUGGUACCACAUCGGUGUGUGUGAUUGCUGGUAGUUUGUUAGAUGCUUGUCACAAUCUCUUGGCAAAAGGAAUCCAUCCAACAAGUAUAUCUGAGGCAUUCCAAAAAGCAUCAGACAAAGCUAUAAAGAUACUGCAGGGUAUUGCUACACCAGUAAAAUUAUCUGAUAGAGAAUCUUUAUUGAAAAGUGCAUCAACAUCAUUAAAUUCUAAGGUGGUUUCCCAGUAUUCAAGUUUGUUGUCACCAAUAGCAGUUGAUGCUGUGAUGAAAGUAAUAGAUCCAGCAACAGCUAGUAAUGUUGAUCUUCGAGAUAUUAAAAUGAUGAAAAAGUUGGGAGGAACAGUAGAUGAUACAGAGUUGAUUGAUGGAUUAGUAUUCUCACAGAAAACAACUGGUGCUGGUGGACCAAAUAGGGUGGAAAAGGCAAAGAUUGGUCUAAUUCAGUUCUGUAUAUCACCACCUAAAACUGAUAUGGACAACAGUGUAAUUGUAUCAGAUUAUACACAGAUGGAUAGAGUUUUACGAGAGGAAAGACAGUAUAUCUUAGAUAUUGUUAAAAAAGUUAAAAAGGCAGGAUGCAAUGUUCUGCUUAUACAGAAAUCUAUUUUAAGAGAUGCUGUUAGUGAUUUAGCUCUACAUUUCUUAGCAAAGAUGAAAAUUUUAGUUGUUAAAGAUAUAGAAAGAGAAGAUAUUGAAUUUGUUUGUAAGUCAGUUGGAUGUAAACCUAUUGCAAGUAUAGACCAUUUCUUACCAGAAAACAUGGGUAGUGCGGAAUUAGUGGAAGAAGUACAGACAGGAACAAGUAAAAUUGUUAAGAUUACUGGAAUGGCUAUUCCAGGGAAGUGUGUAACAGUACUUAUGAGAGGAUCUAACAAACUUGUGCUAGAGGAAGCUGAUAGAUCACUCCACGAUGCCCUUUGUGUUAUCAGAUGUCUUGUCAAAGAAAGGUUCAUUAUUGCUGGAGGUGGAGCACCCGAAGUAGAACUAUCUCUACAAUUGAUGGAAUAUGCCAAUACCCUGACAGGAACAGAACAGUAUUGUUUUAGAGCAUUUGCUGAAGCAUUAGAAAUCAUCCCAUUUACAUUGGCUGAAAACGCAGGGUUAAAUCCCAUAGCUACUGUCACAGAACUCAGAAACAGACAUGCUGAAGGAGAAAUAACUGCUGGUAUUAAUGUCAGAAAGGGAGCAAUAACCAAUAUCCUAGAAGAGAAUGUCCUACAGCCGCUUCUUGUAUCAACAAGUGCCAUUCAUUUAGCAUCUGAGACAGUUAGAAGUAUUAUGAAAAUUGAUGAUAUUGUGAUGUGUAUUAGAUAAUCAUCCUUUGGACCAUGCUGGUGGUAUAUAGAUACAUGUGACACAUAGGACACUCAUCUACAAACUCUCGUCAUAAAUCUAUCAUCCACUAAGUGUUCAGGACAAAGCUUUUUAUAUCCCCUUUAUUGAUGUGAUCUAAUGAUAAUUUAAAAUAAAACUGGUGCCCUGUGUACUUCA